AAGCACGAGAACAGUUCGUUCAUUUAAAGAUUCGUUAAAACGAUUCAUCCACGAACGAAACACAACUACUGUGCGUAAACUACAUUUGACUGGCAUUACCAUGAUCUGAGAAACACGUCUGUAAGGAGAUGAAACGACCCUGAUUUACGCUGAUAACGAAAGCACAACAUGCGUAUUAUCCAUCAUUCAUCCGCCUUCAGGUCUUGGGUCUUGAUGGGUGUAAGGAUGCUGCUACACGUUGUCAAUAAUCAGUGAAGCGUUUGAAUGAUCUCCUCUCCUCGUCUCCUCCCCUCAGACGCGCUGCGCAUCAUCCAGCGCUCGCGCUCCCUCACUCCAGCGCUCGCGCUUCCCGAGAGCGCGUCUUAUCUGAGCUCAGCGGACGCGUGCUAUAACGCCAGCAUCUCAGCCAUUCAUCCCAGACAGAGCGAGGCAAACGCAGACGAGAGGAGGAGAGGAAUACAGACACUUCACAUAGACAGAAACGCGAGACAAGGUCGACGCGGGCGCGUGUGUUUUGCGCUCUCUCCGCGCGUUGGAUUGCAGGGGUCUUAAAUCUGGAGGCGAGGACCCAGGGAUGAGCCUGCUGUCGGGGGGCUUCGGCAUGUCGGGCUGGGGCUUCGGUUGGGCUCUGCUGCUGCUGCUCGCGCUCUGGAGGCCCGGUGCCGCUUGUCCGGAGCUCUGCACGUGCACCGGCGCGCGGAUCUCGUGCGUGGAUGCGGAGCACAGCAUUAUGGCUUUCCCCAUGCUACAGUCCGAGGCAGAGAUGGAGAACAUCACAGACAUAUACAUUGCAAAUCAAAGCAGCUUCAAAUCCAUUAAUGAAAGAGAUCUCGACUCGUAUCGCAACCUCAGAAACCUAACUGUAACAAACACCAAGCUGGCGUAUAUUUCCAGGCAGGCUUUUCAGAGCAACCCGAAACUACAAUAUCUGAAUCUCAAAGAGAAUAAUCUGUCCAGUCUGUCCUGGAGGACAUUUCGCCAUUUAAACAUCUCAUACCUGUUGCUGGCAGGCAAUCCUUUGCAGUGCAUAUGUGAAAACGUGUGGCUGAAGCAGUGGAGAGGAGAGGAGGCCGAGGACCUGCUGUGUGUGGAGGAGGGAGGAAAGAGGACCGCACUGUCAACACUCACACUGCCCAACUGUGUUCUCCCUGCUGUGACUCUGAAACCCACUAAAGUGACCGUGCGGAACGGGUUCAAUGUGAAGCUGGUGUGCAACACUUCAGGAACGCCCACACCGACUCUGAGCUGGACCACCUGCAAAUUAAAUUCAACGUACGAGCACGAGGACUCAGGUCAGAUGUCAGAGCUCAGACUCGUGAAUGUCUCUUCCCUGGACAACGGAUGCAAAAUCACUUGCGGGUCCGAAAACAUGGUUGGAGAGGCUGAGGCCUCGGUGGAUCUGGACAUACUGUUUCCACCUGCAAUCAGCAAGCUGAUGGAUGCGAUCUCAGACCACCACUGGUGCAUUCCCUUCAGCAUGUCAGGCAACCCAGAGCCGAAACUGAGCUGGUUAUUAAACGACAAACCCAUUGAGGAGGGCCCCUUUAUCCGCACCAUGAUCCACGAUUACUCCGAGGGCGAGUACCACGGGUGCUUACACCUGGACAGUCCCACACACAUCAACAAUGGAAAAUACACGCUGCUGGCCAGUAAUGAAUUCGGAAAGGACAAAAAGGCAGUAUUAGCGCAUUUCAUGCACGAGCCUUGGAACGAAUCAGUUACUGAUCCGCUGUAUUAUGAUCCCACUACAGAUGACACUCCUCUUGGACCGCCUGAGGACAAGGUCGCUGUGUACGUGGUCGUGGGAAUUGCGGCGGUCACAUUCACAGGCUUCAUCUUGAUGCUCGUCAUUCUGAAGUUUGGACGCAACUCAAAGUUUGGAAUCAAAGGUCCUUCCUCAAGCAUCAGUAAUGACGAUGACUCUGCCAGUCCUCUUCAUCAUGUGUCCAACGGCUCUAACACACCCUCGUCCUCUGACAUGAACUCGGAUGCCGUCAUCAUUGGCAUGACCAAGAUUCCCGUCAUAGAGAACCCGCAGUACUUCCGCUGCACCAGUAUGCUCAAAUCUGAUACAUUUGUUCAGCACAUUAAGAGGCACAACAUUGUACUGAAGAGGGAACUUGGAGAAGGAGCGUUUGGGAAAGUGUUUCUGGCCGAAUGCUACAACCUGUCCACAGAGCAGGAGAAGAUCUUAGUGGCUGUCAAGACUUUGAAAGAGGCCAGUGAGAAUGCCAGGAAGGACUUUCAUCGUGAGGCCGAGCUGUUGACCAAUCUGCAACAUGAACACAUUGUCACAUUCUAUGGCAUGUGUGUUGAGAGCGAUCCCCUUAUCAUGGUGUUUGAGUACAUGAAACACGGCGACCUCAACAAGUUCCUAAGGGCUCAUGGUCCUGAUGCAGUCCUGAUGGCUGAUGGACAGAUGCAGCAACAGGCAGAGCUCACUCAGUCUCAGAUGCUGUAUAUUGCGCAGCAGAUCGCCGCAGGCAUGGUGUAUCUGGCUUCUCAGCACUUUGUUCACAGAGACCUGGCCACACGAAACUGCCUAGUUGGGGAAAAUCUCCUGGUGAAGAUCGGAGACUUUGGGAUGUCACGAGACGUCUACAGUACAGAUUACUAUCGAGUUGGAGGUCAUACCAUGCUGCCAAUCCGCUGGAUGCCACCAGAAAGUAUCAUGUACAGGAAGUUCACCACAGAGAGUGAUGUCUGGAGCUUGGGAGUGGUGCUGUGGGAGAUCUUUACCUAUGGGAAACAGCCCUGGUAUCAGCUGUCAAAUAAUGAGGUGAUUGAGUGCAUCACCCAAGGUCGUGUCCUGCAGCGACCCCGGACCUGUCCAAAGGAGGUGUAUGACUUGAUGCUGGGAUGCUGGCAGAGAGAACCACACACCCGACUCAACAUUAAAGAGAUCCAUAACCUGCUCCUCAACCUGGCCAAGGCAUCCCCAGUGUAUCUGGACAUCCUGGGAUAAGAGCGCUCGUGCCACACAUGGGACUGCAAGCGGAUUCCUGAAACUGCCCCCUUCUCUAUCCCACCCAAAAUCUCUUUCUUCUACAGAUUUAACAUCUCCUUCCUUGUCCACCUCCUCGUCAACUGCACCUCUUCUCAACAUAAAAUGGAAAUGGGAUAUUAUCCAUGUACAAUAACUAUGAAUUAUUUAUUUCUGAACAAAAAUGGAUUGAAUAGAAAAAGCAACAUUGAAGUGACUAUAGUUUAGUUUCCAAGAACCAAAUGUUCAACCAUCUUCAACAUCUGGAGCAAGUUCACACGUGUAAAUUCCAGUUUGGGAAAAAUGCAUUCUGGACUUGAGGAAGCGCAUCCCUCUUAACAACAAAGGGGAAACAGAAACUCAAUAAACAAUGACCAUUUACAAAUGAACAACUUUUCUGCUCAUCAAAUGCCCGAUACAAAGCACAGAACCUGAUAUGAGCAUGGUGAUCCACAGUGAGAAACUACGGCUGGUUAAUAUAGCAUAUUCAUGCGUAUUUAUAGAAUUGGAUGUUAUUAAUGUAGUUUCACGGUUGAGCAACUCAUGUUAAAAGCUUCUGGAUGCUGACAGGAUGUUGUUGCUGCUGAACUCAUCUGAAAUGGAGAAGUAACUCACUAAAAUGUGUUUGGAUCAUAGGCGUUGUUUAUAGUGGGACAUGUCCCCACCACUUUUGCCAUGUCCAAUUUUGUCCCUCCAAUUCCACCAAUUUGGCCCACCACUUUUUGAAAAGGCUUGCAGCAGGGUCAUGACAAGUGCAGUGGACUCCAAUGUCAAGCAUGGGUUUUUGAUCUGGUAGUGAUCUGGUGAUUGAAUUAGUUAUGAUGUAUGAUUUUUGGACAUUUCUACACUUUUGACUUGAGCAGAUACUCUACUACUGACUGGAUUUCAAUAUCAAUGCUUUAUAUUUACAAAAUCAUGUUCAAUUAUUUGUGCAUAAACUUAUUAAUAUUCAUUAGCUAAGCCUUCGCCACUUGUCCUGUGUCCACCAUAGAAUUGACACCCAUAGCCUCCAGGUUGUUGACGCCAUUCGCUAUUGAGGGCUAGGUGGAAUCAUUUGAGACGAUUCUGUGCUUCAGUUCCAUCCGCUUGCAUUUCUUACAGGAACUUAAUUACGCAGAGUGGCCGAUUAUGAUGGUGCGGGCUAAAUUACGACCUUUCUUUC